AGGAGUCUCAGAUUGACUUUCACAUCCAUUCAGCCUUUUCUGCAGCAGCAGCAGCAUUGAACUUGCAGAGAGAAAAAAAAAAGCCCAGGCAGCAGCAGGCUGGACAGUUGUUGUGCAGAAGAAGAAGGAGCUCUAGGAGGAGGAGGCUGCAGCCAUAGCUGAUCCUUUCAGCAGGGCUUUUAUAUGAAAUGUACAUCAAACGUGAAUUGUUUACCGAUUCACUGGCUGAAGAGGAGUGGUCAGGAGACUAGUGGAUCAUUAUGCACUUUUAGCUUCGACGCAGCGACAUCUCAAGAGCAAGAGCCUCUCUCAAGUGCGUUUGAUCUGUGAAGUUGUGAUGAUUCGCAUCUGAUUUGUUGCUCAACUAUCCGGAGAGGACUGUCUGACUGACUGACUGUCUGACUGCGGAUCUCUGUGAUCGCUGCUGCUGCUGCUGCAUUGUGGCAACCGAGACGCUGAUUCCUGCCUGAGGAUUGCACAACAAUCCUCUCUCUCUCUCUCCUCUCCAAAAUGUCAUCAUCACAUGCGAAAGUCAAGAAGGACAAAGAGAUUAUUGCCGAAUAUGAGACCCAAGUGAAAGAGAUCCGCAACCAGCUGGUGGAGCAGUUCCGUUGUCUGGAGCAGCAGUCCGAGUCCCGGCUGCAGCUGCUGCAGGACCUGCAGGAGUUCUUCCGUCGGAAGGCCGAACUCCAGCUGGAGUACUCCAGAGGCCUGGACAAACUGGCCGAGCGCUACUCUGCCAAGAUCCGCACCUCGAGAGAGCACCAUCACUUCAAAAAGGAACAGAAUCUAGUAUCCACUGUGAACACAUGGUAUUUGGUCUUGGAGCAGACCAGACGGGAGAGCAGAGACCACGCCACUCUCAGCGACAUCUACAACAACAACGUCAUUGUCCGUCUGGCACACGUGGGCGAGGAUGUCAUCAGACUCUUCAAAAAGAGCAAAGACAUCGGGGUGCAGAUGCACGAGGAGUUAGUGAAAGUCACCAAUGAGCUCUACACGGUGAUGAAGACGUACCACAUGUACCACACUGAGAGUCUCAGUGCUGAGAGCAAGCUGAAGGAGGCAGAGAAACAGGAAGAAAAGCACAUCGGCAAGGCCAACGACAUCGGCUCCAGCCUGCUGCGGUACGGUCACGAUGAACGUCCGCAGCGACGAAGCUCCGUCAAGAAGAUGGAGAAAAUGAAGGAGAAGUUGCUAUUUGCAAAAAUUGGACAUUGGAUAUUGGAAAAUGCAGUUGAAGCUACAAGGAGCCCAUCUCUACAUAGACAAGCCAAGUACUCUGAAAACAAGCUGAAAUGCACAAAAGCCCGGAACGACUAUCUUCUCAAUCUGGCAGCUACCAACGCCCUGGUGGCCAAAUACUACAUCCAUGAUGUCUCGGACAUGAUAGACUGUUGUGACUUAGGUUUCCAUGCAAGCCUGGCACGCACCUUGAGAACCUACCUGUCUGCAGAGUACAGUCUAGAGACUUCUCGCCACGAGGGACUGGACUUGCUGGAGGGAGCGGUAGAUGCCAUGGACUCCAGAGGAGACAAGCUGAAGUUUAUGGACACACACAGCCAGAUCUUCUGUCCUCCAGCACGCUUUGACUAUCAGCCUCACAUGGGGGAUGAGGUGUGUCAGGUGAGCGCGCAGCAGCCUGUGCAGACGGAGCUCUUGAUGCGCUACCACCAGCUGCAGUCUCGCCUGGCCACGCUGAGGAUAGAAAAUGAAGAGGUGAGGAAGACUCUUGACGCCACCAUGCAGACCCUUCAGGACAUGCUAACAGUGGAGGACUUCGAUGUUUCGGAGGCCUUCCAGCACAGCCAGUCCACCGAGUCGGUGAAAUCGGCUUCCUCCGACUCCUACAUGAGCAAGGCAAACAUCGUUAAGAGACGAGCCAACCAGCAAGAGACUGAGGGCUUCUACUUCACUAAAUACAAGGAGUUCUUGAAUGGCAGCAAUCUCAUUAUCAAACUGCAGGCCAAGCAUGACCUUCUGAAGCAGACGCUAGGAGAAGGGGAGAGGUCUGAAUAUGGAACAACAAGGCCCCCCACUCUUCCCCCUAAACCCCAGAGAAUGCGGAAGUCUAGACCUCGCUCCAUUUUUAACCGUAAGCUGUUUAACGGCAAUAUGGAGGCCUUCAUUCAGGACUCAGGGCAGCCUAUACCAGUGGUGGUUGAGAGCUGCGUUCGAUACAUCAAUCUGUAUGGUAUUCAGCAGCAAGGUAUAUUUCGAGUUCCAGGCUCCCAGGUCGAAGUCAACGAUAUUAAAAAUGCAUUUGAAAGAGGAGAGGAUCCACUGGUGGAUGAUCAGGCUGAUCAUGACAUCAACUCUGUGGCCGGCGUUCUUAAGCUCUACUUCAGGGGGCUUGAAAACCCGCUGUUCCCUAAAGAGCGUUUCCUCGACCUCAUAUCCACAACCAAGCUCGACUCCGGCGCAGAAAGAGCUCAAUACCUUCAGCAGAUAAUUGUGACUCUUCCGCGGCCCGUGAUCAUCGUCAUGAGAUACCUGUUUGCAUUUCUAAAUCAUGUCUCUCAAUACAGUGAUGAGAACAUGAUGGACCCCUACAACCUGGCCAUUUGCUUUGGCCCCACAUUGAUGCCAAUACCAGAUGAACAGGACCCGGUGUCCUGCCAGGCGCAUGUUAACGAGAUCAUUAAGACCGUUAUCAUCCACCAUGAGGUCAUCUUCCCGGCCCUGCGUGAGUUGGACGGACCUGUGUAUGAAAAAUGCAUGGCUGGUGGGGAAGAGUACUGUGAAAGCCCCCACAGUGAGCCAGGAGCUCUAGAUGAGGUAGACAAUGGUACCGGACCCAACACUAGUGAUGAAGAGUUGGAGCAGAUCGAGGCCAUCGCAAAGUUCGACUACGUGGGCCGAAGUCCGAGAGAGCUUUCCUUCAAGAAGGGAGCCUCUCUGUUACUGUACCUGCGAGCCUCUGAGGACUGGUGGGAGGGCCGACACAACGGUGUGGAUGGGCUGAUUCCACAUCAGUACAUUGUGGUACAAGACAUGGAUGAUGCAUUCUCCGAUAGCAUUCAGAGGACUGAUAGCGCGUCCAGCGGUGGACCCCACCACGACGAAAGAGCCUCGUCCAGAAAUGACCACCAACCUCAUUGCGAACACACACCUGAGCGCCGCUUUGGAGCAGCAUUGGGCAGGGUGAGGGUGCGAUCAGAUGGAGCUGCAGCUCCGCGCCACAGGAACGGCGCCGACAGUCACAGCCCCACCAGACCUGCAGACCAGCCCCCCAGGGUUCUGCCGAGGCCCUGCAGCCCACACAAAAUAGCAGUUAGGCUAACAGACAGCCCGGAGAAACGGCGUCUCGCCGCAUUUGGCAGCGCCGGCUGCAUCAACCACCCGGACAGAAAGGCCUUCGUGGAUAGCCUCUCUCAGCGGUCUUCACCCAGUACCACUCGGCACGCAAGUUUAGGAGAUCACAAAACCCUCGAGGCUGAAGCACUCGCUGAGGACAUAGAGAAAACAAUGAACACAGCUCUCCAUGAGUUGCGUGAGCUGGAGCGACAGAAUGUAGCCAAACACGCCCCUGAUGUUGUUUUGGACACAUUGGAGCCCCUCAAACACGCCGCUGGAGCCAAGGAUCCGCCCGGCAGCCCCCUCCACACCAUGGUGAUCAGGGAUCCAGACGCAGUCCAGCGACGUAGCAGCAGCAGCUCCUCCUCCGAAACCAUGACCACUUUUAAACCCGCUAUAUCGGCACGUAGGCCGAGCGCACCUCUAAGGCCCCCGCCCGUCAGACCCGUCCGGCCGGCUCCUGUGAUCGGACCGGGCCAGGGACCGCACCGCUCCAGCAGCUCUAGCUCCUCUGGUCUGGGCAGCCCCGGCAUCACACCCACCGACAGGGUCUUUCCCAAGCCUCCCUCUCCGUCACCGUCCACCUCCUCCUCGUCCUCAGACAAACAAGGUAACAUGUAGCUCCAGUGAGUCACAAGCCAAGUGCUUGAAGAACACUGUGGAUACAAAGUGAUUGUGAUUAACCAUCACGCCCCUGAUCUCUUUUUUGACAGCAAAACAAACAUUGACACCUGGUCUGUAUGAUGAAUAUUUACCACUAAUCUUCUAUAGUGUAGGACGGCUACUGCUGGUUUCUGACAACUGUGCGCCCACACAUUAACUUGCUGAUGGACAAGUCGAUGUACUGUAUUACAAUAUGACACAGAAAUAGGGUUUUAAUCUACGAGAAUAUUUUUUUUUAGAAUGCUAACGUGCUGAACAGUCAUGCUGGAAUUAAAAGGGAUGCACUGGAAACAUUUCAAGUUAUGAGGUUGCAGAAAUGCUGCGAGCUUGGACUUUGUGUCUGGUUCCAUUAUGAGGGAACUCUUAUUUCACCACUAAUUCUAUAGACAUCCAGUCUGCACUGGUGGUUGAUGUAGUCUAUUAAAACUAGACUAACUCCUUGGACAUCAUUUUCCUUUAGAGAGCCUGUCCCAGCAUAUCAUACCACUCUGUGGCUGUGUCUGAAAUCACUCUGUUUACUAUGUAGUGCACUAUAUUAACUGACCAACAUUUUAUUUCAGCAUCUAAAUUCUGAGUGGGAAGUUUAAAUCUACUGUAUACUGUCCCCAAGAAAAUCUAAUAAUGGAAUGAAACAUAGUGUGCAUGGCAUGUAAAGUCUUUUCUACCAACAAGGCAACGCGUCACAUUUUAUAGAUGCAAACAUUCCAGUUGUGCGACGCUACACCUGUGAAUGAUGACGCAAAAUGAUGCUGAGUCAUGAGUGUUGGGUAUAUUUAUUGUUAAUUAUAGAGUAAACUAUUGAGUGUCUGUUUUUAUAGGGAGGUGUGAGCGAGGGAGUGAUUUUAGACACAGCUUGAAUGGUAAAACAAGGGUAGAAUUGCAUGAAGCAGUUCUUCUGAGGCCUCUACUACGAAGCAGGAUUUGGGGUUGGUGAGGUAACUUCAGGGCUUUCCGUCCUAUGAUGGUGGAUCACUCCUUACCGGGGUAGAUUGCCAUGGUAACUUAUGCUGAACACCUAACCUGCUCCGGAGCAGGUUAUGUUCCAGAUAAGAGAUCAACUGGUAUCGGUGUGCAAGAUCGUAUGAUAAUAUCACACAACACAAAGAAGUUAUUGUUAUAAUCCAGGCUAGAGGUAACACAGUUUCAACUGACAAAUGCAGGACAGACAGCUGGCUGUAUGCUGCGGGUGCUUACCAGUUUGAAUUAAGUUUCUAUAUUUAUUUUUUUUAUUUGCUCUCAAGUCCGUUUCACACCGCCGGAGACGGAGACGCAGCUGAAAGAAGGCUGAAAUAGUCACACACGCCGCAUCAUUACUAAAUGUAGGCUACUGUGAUCUAUUCAUCCAUUCUGUUUUGAAAACUAUUUAUAAAAUCCCUGCCCAAACUAGACGGAUAUCUGACUUUUGAGUAGUCCGUUAAAUUAAUAAAUCUGUUAAUUUACACAUUCUUACAUCAUACAUUUGUUCUCUUGCCAGCUGUCCUUCCUGCAUUUGGCAGCUUUAACUGUGUUACUAUUAGUCUGGGUUAUGUGUUUGUAUUUGUCUGAUAUUAUAGUUUGCUCUUGGUUUGUAAAAUGUGCCGCUCUGCUGACAGUAGACUUGUCCAUGUUUGUGAUUGGUCAUUUGCUGCAAACAUCACCCGCGUUUGUACAGUCAUCGCGGUUGUUUGGGUAAAAUAAGCCAGAUAACGAGAAGAUACCCUGGUAUGUUGAACUCGCUUCGUAGUAUAGGCCUCUGGCUCCAAGGAAGUAGUAUCUGUAUUAGAGACACUAUUUGACAAAAAUCUGAAUUGUAGUAUAAAAAAACAAAACUGUGGCAGACAGCAGUGCUUGCUAUACACCCCACACCAAUCUAGCCUGAGGAUUCAAAGUACAAAGAGCUGAAAGCAACUCAUAAACGGCACCAAAUGUCACUGGGAUUGGCUAUUUUUCUACAAACACAUUUAGCAGAAUAAUAAAAAAAAAUAAAAAAAUUAUACAAUUAUACAAAAAAAACAUACCCAUACAUUAAUUGCUUUAAACUAAAUGAAAAUAUCCUCCAACUUCUCUCUUUGAAAUGCUAAUUUUUUCCCCCACAAGAGUAAGAAGUUUCAAAGAAAUGGUCCCAGUAAAACUCACCAAGCAGCUACAAACUCUUGUGACUCUGAGAUUUGAUAAAUCCGCUGCAUGCAAGCUGUUCCAAAAUGUACUUCUUAAGCAACAGAAUUAAACUUAUUUCAGCCCAAAGUGUGUUUUUCAUUAAUCUCAUAACAGGUCAGGGGACGGCAGUAGUAAACCAGGCUGCAGAGGGCUACACAGUUACAAAGAGAACAUUGACAAUUAUUGUGGACAUUAUAGACAUGCCACCCCAUAUAACUAAUACACAGAAAUAAAGAUUAAUAUCAGCAAAAUAUUCUUAUAAUAGUCAUCUCUCUAUAUCAAAAGAUUAGCUGUGUUACCUCAAUAAACAAGUCAAACGUUCUCCUUACAAUUCAAGUGACUAAUGCACUUAAACACUACAGGGAACUGAGCUGCAUUUGUAGGUUCUGUGUUUUCAUUUUGAUGAAGUUGUUCUAGAAACAAGAUAUAGCACAUCAGUAUCAUUGAAGCUUACAUAAUGUCUAGAUUGCACACGGUCCGUUCAGGCUGUGUGGGUGUUUAGAUGAACUCGUUUACUGUUGGUGGUGUUUGUCGUCCCUAUUAUAAGGCUGAUCAAUAUAUCUUUAAAGUGUAAUAGGUACAUCGGAUUGAAUAUAUACAUACUGUUAAAGGAUACUUGUAUAAAUAACAUUGUAUGAUAGGAACAGGAUAUAUUAUCAUGUCUAGUCUGUAGAUUUUUGUAACUCUUAUCCUUGCACAAACAUUAACAAAACAUUAAAUUGGUGAAACCUUA